AUGAUUCUCGUCAUGUUGGCCUUGGCCACGGUUCCUUUUGCACAAGCUUCCAGUAACGACAAAGCCUGUUUUGCCUCUUUAGACCGAGGAAGCAAAUGUGAAGAGCACGGCCCAGUGAUAAAAGUUAGUUUUUAUCAUGACAAAGUCUUUCAUACCCUUUAUUCAGUACUACUUUGAUCUUGAGCUCAUGACGUGUUUCCCAUUUCUCAUGGAAGGCUGUUCGUCUGGGAAGAACGUUUUCACGUCGGAACAAGAGUGCUACAAUCGAUGCACCCUAGGUAGAGAUUAAAAACGGCUUGAAGGAUCCUGUUGUUGAGAUUUUUUUUUCCAUUUAAACAAAAUUUGAGAUAGGCAUAUCUGAUAAACCAAGAUUUCAUUAAGCUGACGAAUUCACCUGUGGAGCCAAUUCAAAACCACAAGGCCAUUGCACGGCUGCAGACGAUCACGCCUGCAAAAACGGCACCCGCUGUGUUUUGGGGCCGGAAAUCGGAUAUUGUUGUGAUGCAAAAACUCAAGGUUAUUGAAAAGUUAAUAUAUUAUUUUGCAAAUACUUUUCAGACGCCUGGAUCGCCGAGAUAACUCCGAAGUGUCAAGAAGGAGAACUAGUCGAAGCCAACUUCUGGUAUGGUAAAACGAGGUAUCUCGGUCGGAAGUGUGAACACAAGUAAGAUAGAUUUUGAAGAACUUUUUUUCCAAAUUCUGUUUUUCAGGUUUUGCCCUGAAGGCUCCGAAUGCAUAGAAGGUAAAUGGCGAGCCCACUGCUGCAGUCGGAACAAAGAGAUUCCGAUUGAAGCGUCUUAG